GAGGGGAGGUGGGGCGGGAUCGCCGGCUGCCAGCGCCCGGCCCCAGUCACGGCUGCGGGUCCCGCACGGCAAGCGUUAACCUUGCGCCGCCCGCCCGGGACUCGGCGGCUCGGCUGCGGAGCCGCAGUUCAGCCGGACUGCGGAGGUGUUCCAGCGGAGCCGGAAGGGAGGACGGUCCGAAGGGAUCCGCGGGUGCCGGCCGACAUCACAGUCCCGACCAAGGCCUUUGGAAGCGGCCCUCCACCCCCUGCUCCCUCCCCAGCAGCUCCGGCCGCCGGCUGCGGGUUCCUCCGGGCCACCGUAGGAGGCCGCCGAUGGUGUGGAGGAGGUGCGGGCGACACCGAUAGUCUCCUUCCUCCGUUCACGCCGGAGCGUACGAAGAGCAGGGGGGUGGGUUGAGGGAGGAGGCCUCCCACCCCCCCCCCCCCCCACAUCAUUGCCCUCGAGGAAGGCCACCUGUUGCCGCGUGCCCAGGCUUUUCGAAGGAUGGACUGGCAGCUGAACGGGACGGUGAGGUUCCUGCACUCCUCCUGGUUGAACACGUCGCUGCUGGUGGAGCAUUUCUCCCUCUGCUCGGACCCUGUGAGCAGCACCACCUUUCUGCUCAUGGCCUACAGCGCGGUGAUGGCGGUGGGGCUCAUCGGCAACACCUGCCUCGUCCUGGUCAUCGCCCGGCAGCGGGAGAUGCGUAACGUCACCAACGUCCUGAUCGCCAACCUGUCUUGUUCGGACAUCCUCAUCUCCAUCAUUUGCCUGCCCGUGACGGUCAUCUACACCAUGAUGGACCGCUGGAUCCUGGGCGCCCUGCUGUGCAAGCUGACCCCGUUUGUCCAGAGCACGUCCAUCACCGUCUCCGUCCUCUCGCUGGUCCUGAUCGCCUUGGAGAGGCACCAGCUCAUCAUCAAGCCCACCGGCUGGAAGCCGACGGUGGGGCACGCCUACUUGGCAGUGGCCAUCAGCUGGCUGGUGGGGUGUUUCAUCUCCUUGCCCUUUGUGUCCUUCAAUGUUCUAACCAGCGACCCCUACGCCAACAUCUCCUUCCUCCCGGAGGAGCUGGUCGAGCAGGUGGCCUGCAUCGAGCGCUGGGCCUCGGAGCGCCAGAAGCUGGCCUACACCACCUGCCUCCUGGUCUUCCAGUACGGCCUGCCGCUGCUCCUGAUGGUCACUUGCUACUUCCGCAUCUUCCUGCGCCUGCGCCGGCGGCGGGAGAUGGUGGACCGCCCCCGGGACAGCAACCGCCGGGUCAGCCACAGCUGCAGGGUGAACAUCAUGCUGGCCUCCAUCGUUGUGGCCUUCGGCCUGUGCUGGAUGCCUCUCACCAUCUUCAACACUGUCUUCGACUGGGACCAUGAGGCCAUCUCUGUCUGCCACCACAACCUCAUCUUCUCUCUCUGCCACCUGACGGCCAUGCUGUCGACUUGUAUCAACCCCAUCAUCUACGGCUUCCUCAACGCCAACUUCCAGAAGGAGGUGAAGGCCUUGCUGUACCGGUGUCGCUGUGGCGGCUCCUCGGAGAGGUACGAGAGCUUCCCGCUGUCCACCGUCAACACUGAGCUGUCCAAGGCCUCCCUGCACCAGGGCUGCCCUAACAACGUCUAAACUCUCAGCUCGGAUUUCUGGAAGGCCUUUGACAGAUGUAUGAGAAGGUCUUUGACAAGGUCAGCACAUGAAGCUGCUAAUCAAGAGCCCAUAGUAUUACAGAAAAUAUUCUUGCACGGACAGAGGAUUGGCUGACUGGCAGAAGGCAAAGAGUGGGAAUAAAGGGGGCCUUUCCUCCUUGUCAUGUUGGUGUUGGGUCCUCCACUUUGCACCUUAUAUCAAUGAUCUGGAUCAUGGAAUCAGUUUCUUUGUGGACGAUACAAAGGUAGGUGCAGGGAGUGGGUAGUGUAAAGAAAUCAGGGAGGCUGUAGAAGGAUUUAGACAGAUUGGUAGAAUGGGUAAAGAAGUGGGAGAUGGAAUGCAGUGUAGGGAAAUGUAUGAUCAUGCACUUUGGUAGAAAGGAUAAAGGUGUAGACUGCUUUCUAAGCAGCAAGCGAAUUCAGAAUUUGGGGGUGCAAAUAGGACUUGAGAGUCCUUGUGCAGGAUUCCCUAAAGGACUGGUGGAUCAAUUGACCACCAUCGCCCGCGAGACUGGCUGUACUGCCCAUCAAGUCCGUGUCCGGAUUUACAAUUGAAAGACUGCAUUUGGUAUCUGCAUGUCGCCAGAGGAUGCUUUAUACGACUGAAGAUCAGCUGGGUGGGGGCUGGCUGAAUUACCCACCCUGGACAUCAUGCCCCAGUCAGGCAGAGGAACCGGGGCAGUUGGGGAGGAGGAAUGAGAGUUACUUCACGUCUUCUGCAGACGGGGCUGUAGCUGUCCAGUUCCCAGGGGCCUCACUUGGGUCAGAGGCUUAAUGGAGCUUCGGUCGUCCAGGAUCGAGGAUCAACUUUAUUCACCGUAGAUGUACUCGGAAUUUACUGUGGCGUGUUGGUGCGAGUCGCAACAUUUGACAAUUACAAGGAACGAAGAAUCGUACAGGGAUAAAGUUCAAGUAUGGACCGGGAAUAUAAUAAAUAUAAAUACCAGCAUGUAAUUACAAUGAGACCAGCUUUAUAAAAAGUGGUUCAAAGUGUUUACAGUGCAGUGUAAUGGCGAAGAGGGGGUGGGGUCUCACUAGAAUUGUUGAACAGACUAACUGGGGGAGAAAACUUUUAAGAAGGCGUGGUGUUUAUUUUAUUAGCCCUAUGAUGCUUUCCAAAGUGGAGUUUUACGAAGAGCUAGUUUGCAAGGUGGGUGGUUUCCACAAUGAUUCUUCCUGCCCACUGGAAACGCAGAAGCCCUCCGGUGGUGGCCAUUGAGCUGGCUGGCGCCCGGAGGUGCUCUGCAAGGGUCAGGGGGUAGGGGGUUUCUGGAUGGCUCGGGGGGUUGCUCUCCUCAGGCCAAGGAUGUCAAGGGAGUCCGCUCUUUGCCCUGAUGUUAAAAUGGAGUCACCUCAGUGGGGCCACGUUAUGUUCGUAGGUUGCAUGCUGUUUAAUCAUUUUUGUUCAGCUUGUGUGCUUGCUGUUGGACUUCCCAUGUUAAACAAAGAGCCUUCACUUGCUGUGUCUUGCCAGAAGAUUUUAAACCAGGUUAUCUAUAAAUAUGUUAAGUGCAGAAAAAUCAGGAAGGCCUAGAACACAGGCUCGGAGGCCUCUGGCCUGCGUUCAGCAUUUGGAGUCUGUAACCCAACCUGGAGCAGAGCGGGAAGGGUCAGUAACUCACUUUCUCUACCAAAGAGCAACCAGGAAACUUGGAUUAUAUAAACACAGCUGCACGGAAAUAAUCUUUGACUGCUGAGGAGAGUUGGGAAAGCUGCACCCUUUCAAGAAAAAAACCUUAAAAUGCAUGCAAAUAUCCUGUAGAUACUCUGGUGUUUUUCCUCACUUAGGCCGGUCUUGAAGAGGCCGAGACACGCCUGGGAGCCUCCUUCGGUGAGGGCCGGCCGAUGUGGUGAAUGAGAAUGGGGGAAGGGGGCAGGAGCUCGAACAAUGAGGGCAGCUGAUUGUGGCUCACCCUCAGAGUAUGCGUCUGUGUUUGUAAAUAUUUUAAAUCUCCUAUCUAUGGACAAAUGAUUGUUUAAUUAAAGUUCUAUAACGACUCAACGUCCAUUAAAAUUUACCACA